AUGGCAGCGACACACACAGCGCAGGCGUACAGUGUGGAUGCGCGCGGCGGGCCCACCUUCAAGACCUGGUCUGAGGAUGUGGAAACGCUGUCCCACGGCGUGCACAAGGGGCCCACCUGCUGCGUGCGCUUCAAGUUUGCCAUCUGGUUGCUGACGGUGGCGGCGCUGGUGGCAGCGGGAGUGGGCCUCUCCGUCAUCAUGGUCAUUGUGCAAAACAAUCGCAACGACAAUGCGCCGCCGGGUCCCCCGCCGCCACCCCCGCCGCCGUUGGACCCCGAGGGCGGCAGCGGCAGCAACAGCGGCGGCGGCGGCAACACAGGCCCUCUGCCCGUGCCCCCCAGCCCGGCACCCUUCGACGUGCCCCCCGGCAGCCAGGCUAUCUGGUGGGAUGAGUUUGAUGGUGAUACCUUGGACACAGACAAGUGGAGCUACGACCUGGGCAACGGGGUGUGGGGGUGGGGCAACAACGAAGUGGAGACUUAUACUGACAGCCCUGACAAUGUGUGGGUGGCUGAUGGCAACCUGUACAUCACCGCGCUCCGGGACGGCGACGCCUUCACCUCUGGCCGCAUCAACACCAAGGCCCACGCCGGCUUCUACCCCGGCAUGCAGCUGGAGGACGGCACCACCUUUGCCUCCCUGCAUGUGGAGGCGCGCAUGCAGCUGCCGACGCCCGGCCAGGGCCUCUGGCCCGCCUUUUGGAUGUUCCCCACAGAGCCCACGUACGGGGAGUGGGCGGCCAGUGGAGAGAUCGACGUGAUGGAGAGCAUCAACGAGAUGACCACCAUCACACAAGGCCUGCAGUACGGCGGCACGGCCCCCGAGAACCAGAAGAGCAUGCUGCGCACGCGGCAGGAGGGCAAGGUGCCCUACUCGGAUGGCUUCCACACCAUGGCUGUGGACUGGAGCGCCGGCAGGAUCACGCUGUCGGUUGACGGCGUCGAGUCUGGCACCUUCCUGCCGCGAGAGAAGGACCCGGCGGGGUGGUGGACCAGCGACCAGAGCGCGCCGCCAGAUGCGCCCUUCAACCAGCCGUUCUACCUCAUCCUGAACCUGGCGGUUGGAGGGCUGUGGCCAGACCCGCCUGACAGCACCACACCCUUCCCCGCCACCUUUGCUGUCGACUAUGUGCGCGUGUGGGGCGAGCCAGUGUGA